UUAAGCCCCCAAAACACAUUUCUUUAAAAAAAAUACAAUUUUACGACAUAGCCAAUUUUUACUUUGUGGCUGUGGUAACUAUCGGAAAACACUAGAAAAAAACUGAACAAGACAACAGUGCAACGUUAUGAGCGGUGAGGACUGGAAUAUGUGAACAUUGUACAGUGCUGGUGAUAUAUAACCCACCAUUGAAGAUGCCUGCGGUGUCCCGCGGGGCGAAGGACUUGUACCUCUCUACUAACCUGGGGGACCUCAACAAGAAAGCUGAAGUCAAGCCUGACAAAAUCAACACCAGGAGCUAUGUCCAGAGUGCCUGUAAGAUCUUCAAGGCUGCGGAGGAGUGUCGUCUGGAUGGAGACGAGGAGAAGGCCUAUGUUCUCUACAUGAAAUACCUAACGGUUUAUGAUCUCAUCAAGAAGAGGCCCGACUUCAAGCAGCAACAGGAGUUCUUCCUGUCCGUGCUGGGGCCCACCAGCUUUAAAAAAGCCAUAGAAGAAGCCGAGAAACUCUCUGAAAGCCUUAAACUCAGGUACGAGGAAGUCGAGGUUCGCAAAAAGCUUGAGGAGAAAGAGAGACAAGAGGAGAAGAAAAGGAGGGAGGAUAAGAUGGAGAAAGAUGGAGGGAGGGCAUCUCCAAAAGCAGGGAAAGAGAUCAAGAAGAGGCAGAAGGAGUUGAAAAAUUUAACUGCAAAAGCUGCGGUGUCUGCAGGAGGGAUCACAGCAGAGGGGUUGUUCAAGAUGAUGAGGGACCAGGCCAUUACGGUCAUUGUGAUGGACGCUCGCUGCCUCCGAGACUUCCAGGACUCACAGAUCCAGGUCCCCACCCAGACCGUCAUCAGUGUCCCAGAGGAGGCUAUCAACCCUGGCAUCACAGUGAACCAGAUUGAGGCCAAUCUACCUGAUGCGUCCAGAGAGACGUGGAAGAGACGGGGGUUCGUAGAUUACAUCAUCCUACUGGACUGGUUCAGCUCUGUUACUGACCUCAAACUGGGAAGCACCUUACAAAGCCUCAAAGAUGCUCUCUACAAGUGGGACAGUACCACUAUCCUGCGUAGUGAGCCCAUGGUUCUGGAGGGAGGCUAUGAGAGCUGGCUCCUCUUCUACCCCAUGUACACAUCCAACGCCAAAGUCAGACCGCCCCGAACACACAGCUACAGCACCCUCCCACAGCUGAACUUCAGCUACCCGUCACUGGAGGAGCCGAAACCUCCAACCCCUCCUCCCCCCGAGCCGGACCCUGAACCCCAGGCUCCCCCUGCCUCCCUGAGUAGCGUACAGGUGAACGGUGCCCCCCUGGAGGAUCUGACCCCCUCCCACCCUCAGACCCCCUCCACAUGGAUGGAGGCUGACGCCACAGACUCACCCCACACAGGGUUCACUCACCCUGGAGUAGACCACAGCAAGAAGGACCCUGGAGCCGGGCCAGGGACCCCCAGCCAGCCUGGAGGGACAGCCAAGCACAUCCCACAGAUCGACCGUACCAAGAAGCCAUCAGUCAGAGUCUCAGAUGGGUCUAAAACCCCCCUGGAUGCCCUCCCCAGGGACCUGCCUCCCUCCUCCCAGAAUGGCCCGUCUGUACCCCAACCCAACCGCUCGGUCAAACCGGCCUUUGACCCGGCGGUGCCUCUGACGGACGAGGAAAGAGGUCAGAUCCACACAGAGACGGCUGCUCUGAUGGAGAAGGCCCGGAGAGAGCAGGAACAACGCAAACAGGAACGCCGCACCGAGGAGGAGUGGAGAGAGAGGGAACGCCGGGAGAAGGAAAAUGAGGAGAUGGAGAGGAGGAAAGAGGAAGAGAACAGGACUCAGGAGAGGAAGAGGUUGGAGAGACACAAGGCAGAGGAGGAGAACGGGGUUAGGGAAGAGCGAGAGAAGAGGGGGAAGGAGCAGAGGGAGGAUACGCCGACCAACGGUGAUUCUCUGGACUCGCCGGCUCCCAACCGUAUCGUCACUGAGAUUAAGGCUCCCUCCCCCCUGAAGCUUAGUGGUGAUGUAAAGAGGAGUCGUCAGCCUGGGAUGUUAAAGCAUAGAACAGUUGAUGACUAUGUCAUACCCAAGCGGGAGCUCCUAACCAGAGCCAGAAGUGAAGAGAUGGGGAGGAGUGUACCAGGCCUGCCUGUUGGCUGGAUGAAGUUCUUGGAUACGGUAACCGGUACCUACCGUUACUACCAUUCCCCAACCAACCGGGUGCACCGCUACCCCCCUGAGGUCAGCGUGCCCCAGACACCCCCCUCCACCCCUCCUACGGCCAAACAGAAGCAGCCUCGCCCCGCUGAGCCAGACCAGACCAUGGAACGUGACCAAGAGCAGUCCAAACUGAAACGUUCCUAUUCUUCUCCAGACAUCAGCCAGGACCUGAGGGAGGAGGGGCUAAAGAAGGUUACCGCCCCUAUAACUGCAGCCACGCGCCCAACUUUUAACAGGGAGACCAAACCGUCCACUGCUAGCGUCUACACCAAGGUGGAGAUCGCCCGUCCGUCUGCGGCUAAGAUACGCAACCUGAACCCUGUGUUCGGCGGUCUGGGCGCCUCGCUCACCGGCCUGCGUAACCUCGGUAACACCUGCUACAUGAACUCCAUCCUGCAGUGUCUCUGCAACACCCCGGCCAUGGUCGACUACUUCAACAAGAACCUCUAUCAGGAGGAUAUCAACAGGGCUAAUAUCCUGGGUCACCGAGGCGAGGUGGCAGAGGAGUUUGGUGUGAUCAUGAAGGCUCUGUGGUCAGGCCUGUAUAAGUGUAUCAGCCCCCGCGACUUUAAGGUCACUAUAGGGAAGAUCAAUGAAUCCUUCUCUGGCCAGGAACAACAGGACUCCCAGGAGCUGCUGCUCUUCCUUAUGGACGGACUCCACGAGGACCUCAACAAGGCUGCUAACCGUAAGGGUUACAUAGAGGAGGAGAAUGACGAUCUGGACGACCAGCGGGCUGCUGACCAGGCCUGGACCAAACACAAGCUGCUCAACGAGUCUGUCAUCGUAGCGCUGUUCCAGGGUCAGUUUAAGAGCACAGUUCAGUGUCUCACCUGCCACAGGAAGUCCCGCACCUUCGAGACCUUUAUGUACCUGACCCUGCCGCUGGCCUCCAGCAACAAGUGUUCCCUGCAGGACUGUCUGAAGUUGUUUUCUAAGGAGGAGAAGAUGACCGACCAGAACAAGGUGUUCUGUCGCCACUGUAAAGCUCUCAGAGACUCCGUCAAGAAACUGGAGAUCUGGAAGGUCCCGCCCAUCAUACUGGUUCACCUUAAACGGUUCUCGUACGAGGGCCGUUGGAAGCAGAAGCUACAGACCACAGUAGACUUCCCUCUGGAGAACCUGGACCUCAGUCAGUAUGUCAUCGGACCCAGACUCGGCCUCAAGAGAUACAACCUGUUUGGAGUGUCUAACCAUUAUGGCGGUCUGGAUGGGGGUCACUACACAGCCUACUGUAAGAACGCCAUGAAACAGCGCUGGUACAAGUUUGACGACCACGAGGUCUCCGAAAUCUCCACCUCCACCGUCAAGUCCUCUGCAGCGUACAUCUUCUUCUUCUCCUCCCUGUGAGGGCAGAGCUGCAACACUGCCAGGAGCUAUGAGGCUACGUAAAGGCUACAUAAAGGCUACAUAAAGGCUACAUAAAGGCUAGCUAACAUGCAGAGCUGCUUUGACUCAGCUUCCUCUGCUGGUGGGAGAAAGGAACUGAACUGGCAAUGUUUUUGUUAACUGAACUGAACUGCCAGGGGCCAUACUUGUGAACAUUUGCUUAGAGCAUGGUUUAAACCGUUAGUCUAAAAUGGCUGCUAGCUGUUUCUCUCAGGCCAUCCUGGCCAAAUUAGCCACAACGCUAAUUAGCCACCACGCUGAGGAAGGCCAGCUAAGUAGAUGAUUAUAUCCGAAUAAACAAAUCAACCUAUCAGAUAACUUAGAGCCACCAUCCAAUCACAUUUGUUCAUGAGGUCAAUUUGCUUCCAACUGAUUGGUCUAAGUGGAGUUUCCCCAAUAUAUGUUUUUGCAUGAUGCUUCCUUGACUAGGCAAGUGGCAUCAUAAAAAAAUGGCGGUUUUCACAUAUAUGAUGAAGUUCUGUGUUGUUUCUUAUCCAUUUAACACAAACAACUCCAUGUACUUUUCAAUUACAAACGUCGGAGGAUGAUAUUGUAACAUGUUUGUUAUUCAUACAUUGUCAAAGUGAUUUAUUUUUAAGGAGGAAAUUCAUGGUCUAAGCAGACGUUCACAAGUAUGGCCAGGUUUUGGAUAACUGAACUGGCUAGGUUUGGUGGUUUUGGUAGACUGAACUAACAGGUUGAUGUGUGGAAAGACAGGGACACACUGUAGCGUGUGGUGGAAGGGUGGGUUAGUGACUGGGUGUGUGGAGGAAAGGGACACACUGUUGCGUGUGGUGGAAGGGUGGGUUAGUGACUGGGUGUGUGGAAAGACAGGGACACUGUAGUGUGUGGUGGAAGGGUGGGUUAGUGACUGGGUGUGUGGAAAGACAGGGACACACUGUAGCGUGUGGUGGAAGGGUGGGAUAGUGACUGGGUGUGUGGAAAGACAGGGACACACUGUAGCGUGUGGUGGAAGGGUGGGUUAGUGACUGGGUGUGUGGAAAGACAGGGACACACUGUAGUGUGUGGUGGAAGGGUGUGUUAGUGACUGGGUGGGUGGAAAGACAGGGACACACUGUAGCGUGUGGUGGAAUGGUGGGUUAGUGACUGGGUGGGUGGAGGAAAGGGACACACUAGCGUGUGGUGGAAGGGUGGGUUAGUGACUGGGUGGGUUCCCUGUUAAAACACUGUCUAUUCAUACUAAACCAGAGAGCAGGGAGAGGGUUCCCUGUUAAAACACCGUCUAUUCAUACUAAACCAGAGAGCAGGGAGAGGGUUCCCUGUUCUAAUCACCUCAGCUUAAACCCCUGUUCUUAACACAGCAACGUUGUCAUUCUGCUAGUUCUGGGUUUCAGUUGAGUCUGUGUGGCGUGGACAGACUUUUGUUAGUAUACACAGACCUUAUACACAGACCUUAUUUAAGAUACCAUGUACUAUGAAUCUUCUAGUGAAGAGUAUAGGGACGUUUAGUUAGGAAGACUGACGUCAGGGACGUUUAGUGUGACGUACACGGCCUUCGGAAAGUUUUCAGACCCCUUGACUUUCCACAUUUUAUUACGUUAAGGCAAAUGUAUUCAAUCGUUUUUUCUCCUCAUUAAUCUACACACAAUACCCCAUAAUGACAAAGCAAAAACAGGUUUUUAUAAAUGUUUGCUAAUUUAUUCAAAAUAAACAAGUAUUUACAUAAG